GCGGCUCACCGGGGCUCCCUUCGCCUGCGCCUGCGCCUCCUCCUGCGCGCGAGUGAUGGCGAGCAAGCCGGCGACGAGCAGGCCGAGGACGGCGACGCUGCAGCGCUGGUGCGGCUCCCCCGCGAACCUCCACAUGGUUGUGCGGCAGCUCAUCACUGUCAAAGAAAGUGAAAAGCUAAAAGGGACGCUGGAUGGAUGGCUUUGGAUAACCGUUGCAAGAUGGAAAAAGGUCCAACCUUUGACAAGAUUUGGAUGUGGACAAGACUGUGCUUCUGCCAUUUUCCUUGCGUGCGGCCAUGGCGGGGUGUUUGUGGGGGUCUCGUAUGAGCUCCACCUGCCUGGAAGAUUUAAGGAAAGGAAAGGACCAACAAAUAUUUUUGCUUAUUUUUGGGCUCUUUGGAUGGAUUUGAAACACUUGUAAUUUCGCCAGAGAAAGAAAAUAUGUCCAUAAAAAAAAGUGUAAAGCAGAAAUUUUGAUUUUAGUAAGUGGCUGCCAAAAAAAGAACAGCGUUCAAAACAUGUAGCUAAUUGUUUUCCACGUUGGCUGACUCAAAUCAAAGAGAAGACUUGGCUUGAAAUGACCAAAUCCCAAUUCAAAAGCAAAAUCCGUGUCUGCUGACUCACCCUGAGCCCAUUUCAAACCUUGAGACUCCAAGUUCAAAGAUGGCGGCAAAGUGGUGCAACUCCACCACGGCUCCGGCGCCAGACUCUUAAAUUGGGAUGAUGGGAUUAUAUUGCUGAGCCCAAAAUGGAAACAUUUUAUUAAAACUCUCGUUAGAGGGAGGAUAUUAGUCAUUUGAAAGCGUCGAGCAAAGCCCGAUCCCUAUCGUCCUUCCGGCUGCCAUUAUGUCUGCUUGGGCCAAAGAAAUCAGCUCCGUGAGGCGCCUUUACUUCCAAAAAAACGACAUUGUCCAUCCGGAGCAGACCCACAAAAAAGUCGGAGGAAGCCGUGAUUGAAAAAAGACGGGGAGCCUGCAUUUUUUUUUUUGUAAAAGAGCCCUAAAAAGGAAAAUCGGCACCCUUCAACGAGGAGGCCCGCCAAAAAGUCUUCACAAAAACACCCAACCAUGGCCAUUCGGGACAAAGAAAGCUGGAUGAACUUCUCUCGAGUCUUUGACGCGGCAAGUACUUUUUAAAUGGGCAUCAUGGAUCCUCUCCAGAAGGGGCCACUCAACGUCACGCCGGGCCUCGGGCCCGAGCCGUCCCCCGACGAGGUGUCGGACCUGGAGAGCAUGCUGCUGUGGACCCUGCACGAGCCCGGCACCAUCGCCUUGACCCUCAUGUACACCUUGUCCUUCCUGCUGGGCGUGGUGGGCAACCUGAUGUCCCUGCGGGCGCUCACCAACCGGCGCAGUCGGCGUCUGGCGGGCGUGAGCGCCACCCGCAGCCUGCUGGUCAACUUGGCCGUGUGCGAUCUGGCCGUGGUGUGCGUGUGCAUGCCCAUCACGCUGGGCAGCCGCAUCUACACGGCGUGGGUGUACGGCGACCUGCUGUGCCGCGCCGUGCCCUUCACGCAGGCCGUGUCGGUGUCGGCCAGCGUCCUGACGCUCACCGUCAUCAGCGUCAACCGCUACUACAGCGUGCGCUCGCCGCUCAGGGCGCGCUCCAUGUUCACCCGCCGACGCAUCCUGGCCACCGUGGCCGUGGUGUGGGCCGCCUCGUCCGCCAUGUGCGCGCCCAUCGCCGUGGUCAACCGCCGGCAGGAGAUCAACUUUGAGACCUUCUCCAUUCUGGUGUGCCAGGAGGAGUGGCCCAAGCAUCGCCUCAAGCAAGGAUACAACGUACUGCUGUUUGCCAUGCUCUACUGCCUUCCCGUCACCUUCAACCUGACCAUCGGCUUCCUGACGGGUCUGCGUCUGUGGGGCGGCGCCCGCUCGGCCUUCGCCGACCUGGACCCGCGCAGCCAGGCCCUGCACGCCUCCCGCCUGAAGAGCCGGCAGAAGAUCGCCAAGAUGGUGGUGUGUCUGGUGCUGCUGUUCGCCGCUUCGUGGCUGCCGCUCUACGUGGCCGAUUUGUGGAUCGACCGCGAGCUGCGCCCGCCGCCCUGGCUCCUCCAGACCCGACCCUUCGCCCAGUGGUUGGGCCUGACCAACUCCAGCCUCAACCCCAUCUGCUACUGCUUCAUCGGGGACCUCUACCGCUCGGCCAAGGUGAUCCGGACGCGCUACUAUCAGAAAGUAGCCGCCCUCUUCGGGGGCGCCUCGUUCGUCAGUUCGGGGGCCGAGGCGUCCCCGUCGGCGCCCGCCGCUACCGAGCGGGACCACGUGGGAGUCGGCGUAUCCCGUUCGGUAGCCACCGUUCCUCGCCUGCUGAUCAAGGAUCUCGGCCAGACGGGGUCCAACAACGGAUCGGGGCACAGCAUUUCGGACUGGUGCCGUUCCAGCCCGAGCGUGUGCGAAACUAGCGGCGGGCUUUUCCCCUGCAGGUGGCGCCCUUUCGACACCACCCCGGAUUCCUCCCUCGGCACCUUUCCGUUGGACUCUCUGCCGUCGCGGAGACACUCGGCCCACGAGAACUUUGGGCCCUUCCUCCUGAGGUUGGAAUCUGGAAUAGACUGGAAUCUUCCUGCCAGGAGGCAUUCGGUAGUCCGGCAAUCGGCUGCGUGUUGAACGCAAUGUUUCAGAAGCCAUCAAUCACUCAAGGUAUUUUUUGCUGCAUCGGAGCCAGCCUCCUCAUUGCGCCGCUGGAGAAUUCUAAAGACAGCAAAGAUACGGCCCGCUUGGUCAAAUGACAAUCGAGCAGCUAGGAGCAGCAGAAGGGAAUCUGCUGAGAGUAGAACCGGCCCAUGAACGUGGAGAGUCGAUGUUAAAAACGGGUUUUAGCGCCGCAGGUGACGCUCAAGCAUUCUUGAGGCGCUCGCACGAAAAUGAAAGCUGUGUGAAAAUGGAUUGAUUUUGGAAAGAUCCCAUCAAGCAUCACGCUUAUGUUGUGUCUUCACGGCCACUCCGGGCGCUCCAAAAGAACCUCUCGGGGUCGUAGAAAAAUGAUUGUUUGGGUCAAAUGGUAAAGUCUCUAAAUGAGUCUUUUAGCCCCCGCCGAGUUCUGGAAUGAUUCGACGCGGUUUUUGGCGCCGCCAUCCCGAAGGAGCUUCUGGGCGCCACUGGAGCAGAUAAAAAAAAGAAAAAAAACGUUCUCCUUUCAUCUGCCCGACAACAAACGCAAGUGAAAAAUUUGUCAACAAUGUGUGCAGACAGCUUUUUUUUUUUUUUUUUUUUCUUGGUCGCAAUUUGGACAGCAAGCAGCUCGUGUGGUUUGAUCCGCAUUUUUCCUGUACGGCAGCAUGAAAUUUUGUCGGUCAAAAUAAAGGAAACGCGCUAACGA